GUGACCCAUACGAUAUAUAAUUAUCAGAAUCAUAACAUAAAAUAUAUUUGCUUGUGAGUGAAUGAAGUGCGUCUCAGGCAUAAAACGCAUUUGUCAGCGUUAUCAAAUUGCAGUCUCCACAGAAUUUUGUUAAUCUCUACAGCAGCAGCAGUGCGCAAAAUCAAACAACAACAAGAGAGAUGUCCGCGAAUGUAAUCAAAGUCUCUUGUUUUGAUUUUAUGAAGCGUCAAUUGGCACUAUGAUAAAGGGAGGUCGGCAAACGCAGUCGUUAUCACAUCCGUAUGCCAGUAAUCAGUAAUCAACUUGUUGCGGGACGCACUACUACCUGGUAUUGAUUUAAUAUAGUUUCCGAACAUUGAUACGAUACUGAAAAUCUGGCAUAUUCCUCGGUGCUCUGCCCCGCUCUCUGUUAGCUUUGGUGGUGGUGGUUGCGGAAGUGGGAAUUGAAAUUGAAGAAAUUGUUGGAAACUAUUUUUAAUAGUGGCGACGGCCACUAGUCCACGCAACGGUCAAAGCCACAACAAGAGCUAAAGCCUUUGACGAGUGUGGAACGCGACCUGAGAGAGAACGCUACCAUACCAUACGAGACGAAAGCAGAGAGAGAGCUGUUUCAAAAAUGUUAAGAACUCAUCAACUAUUCAGAUCCGAAAAAGGGCGAGCAACAACUACAAAACAGUAGAGCACAGCGGAUAACGAAAGGGGCAGUGGCAGUGGCAGUGGCAGUGACAGUGACAGCGACGGCCAAAGCGGGAACGGCCAGUUGUGGUCCGACAACGCACUGAACACCAAGCGCCAGCGGCCCACAUCAACAGCAAUGCCGAGCACGCACGACUUCCAGCGUCGCCGCCUGCCACUGUUCCCCAUCGAGCCUGAGCCGCCAGCAACGCCCACACAGCGGCUUACGCUCGUGGCAACCCGCCUGCUACGUGCAUUGCAAUUAAACUGGAGGAUUAUCGUUUCCGGCAUCACGCUGACGCUCUUGGCCGUCAUCUGGUAUUAUCCCACGUUCUUCUUGUUCUUUGCCUUCGUCGUCUACUCCCUCGUUUUGGUCUUUUUGGCUGUUGCCGGCACCGUCUACGUACAUUAUAUAUUUACCACCAACGAGCCGUCCAGGCCCAGUCGAUUGCCCUCCAAACUUCUCUACAAUGCCACAAAAAGCACCAUUUUCGAUCUGCCAAAGCCCAUUAAGAAUCCCUCGAACUUACCUCUGAUCUUUGGAAAAACAGUCGAUCUGCAGCUACAGCAGAUAAUUGAAUAUGUCCUGCGCGACUUUAUGCUGCCCUGGCUGGGUUAUGUGGUCACGAAGCCGAAGAUUAUCAACGACGUGGUGCGAGAGGAUCUGUGGAAUGCCAUACAGAAGAUCCAUGAGCGCGCCAGCAAAAUGGAUCCGGCAAAGAUCAUAGCCGUGGACAUGGUGAAUCGCGUUACCGUUCACCUGGAAAAGAUACGCAUUGCCGAGGCCCGAGCGGCCGAGACGAACACGGCGCCAGUCUUCAGCAAAAACUCUUACCUGUCCGACGAGGUGAAGGAAAUGGAGUUUCUGCGCAAGCUGUGUGAGAUCAUGGUGAUCUUGCUGUUGCCACGCGGCUACUCCCUCCCUCCGCUCAAGAUGCUGCUUAGCGAAAUCUUAUCCUACAAGAUCUUCUUUCCUAUGAUCAACAUGCUCACCGCACCCGACUACAUAAACCAGAAGGUGGUGCAGAACAUCGAAACGCGGCUGGCGGCGGCGGCGAUGAACAAGCGGAGCUAUGAGUAUGCGGCCAGCUUUGAGGACUUCCUGAAGAUCAUCAACAGCUCGGGAAACCUGGAGGAGCUCUCUCUCAUCCGCAAGAGCAUCGUGAACGACCUGAUGCAUGCCACAACCAUGCAGAACUUACAACGUGCCAAAGGCCUCGAUCCGGACCAUGAGGACCAUUCCCUAUCCAAGUCCGAGCUGACGGCGGCCGUGCGGCUUAAGCGCUAUGUCCGCCAGCUGACCUUUGCCAAGGCCGAGUGCGAGAAGAAUUUGGCGAAAUUCGGCUGGAACGGCAACUACUCUAGCGACAUUGAUCUGACGCUAGAGGAAAUAUUGAACACGGCCGUCGGCCGACGGUACUUCACCCUGUUCCUGGAGCCGCUGAAGGCUAGCGCCCUGGUGGGAUUCUACCUCGCCGUGGAGGAGAUCAAGCACGCACACAAGAGUGCCACCCAUCAACUGGGCACGGAGAUCUUCUACACGUACAUCCGUGUACCGAAGCCGGAGAUCCAGAUCGACAAGCACGAGCGCAAGCUGAUAGAGACCUUUCUGUUGGGGGAUGCCGAUCCCGACAUCUUCUAUGACAUACAGCGCAACAUCCUGCGCACCCUCGAGGAAAAGUACUAUCCACCAUUUGUGCUCAGCGGUCAGUACCGACAGCUGAAGGAGGCGCUGGACUCGAACGAAUUUACCGAUCCCACCUUGAUGCUGUGCCCCGCCAUCGGGGAUGUAUCCGAGACGCAGGACGAGCACCCCAGAGCCGCAGAUGGUCUCAAUGGCAGGGCCAUUGAUGUCGCCGCCCACACGUCGUAUGCACGGCGGAAGCUGGAACAGAUACAGGAGCGCAUUGACAAGAAAAAUCAGGCCCUAGACGCCCUUAAGUAUUCGGUCAAGCCGGAGUCCAAGGUCUUAUCUAUACUCGAGAAGGAAAUGGAGUGGCUGAAAAGCGAGAAGCGUCAAACGGAGGCACAUCUCCGGCGAACAGACGCUUGGACCGAGCACCUGGGCAAGUGGAAGGCCACCAUACAGAGUGUGGAAGUCUCCGAUGAAAAAGAGUCGCUGCAGUUUAUGAUACUUGUCCAUGUGGACGAGGACAUCAACGCUCCCCCGCAGGCGUUGCCAAAGAAUGGGGACAGCAGCAACGCCAAGCCGCCCAAACGGCCCUCGGGCAUCUCCAGCGGCUGGGUAGUCAUGCGAUCCCUCAACCAAGUCCAUGAGCUGCAACGAAAACUUCGACACGUUAGCUCGAAUCUAAAGACGCUCGACUUACCCACCAACUUCAAGUUCUUCUUCUUGAAGACGGACCGGCAUGGCCAGGAAAAGGCCAAGGGACAAAUCCAAAAGUUUCUUAACUUCAUACUCGAGGACGAUCACCUAAAUGGCAGCGAGGCUAUCUACACGUUCCUCAGUCCCAGCUCAGACCACCUGAAACAGUCGCUGCCCUCGCCCAAAAAGUCAAAGUUCUCGCUCUCCACGCUGUUUAAGAGCGACGCUGCAAAGGCUCACGACUCCAGCAAAGCGACAGAUCCCUUCUGGGGCCUGCAACGCGACGACGAGGACAUCUCCACGUACCUGGACGGAGAGUCCGGCAUCGAUGCCAGUCGACUGAUGGCUGACAUAGACAGCAAGGACUCUAUAGCAGAGCCCCUCUAUGCUCUUAUGGGCGAGAUAUUCGACAUGGGCGGCGUCUUCAAAUGGCUGCGCAAGAGCAUCAUCUCCUUCGUGCAGAUUACGUACGGCCGGACGAUUAAUCGACAGAUCCGCGAAUCGGUCACGUAUCUCUUUGAGGAGUCCAUGCUGCACAACUACUUCUCUGUCAUACUGAAAUCUUUUUGGCCAGGCGGUGUACUGGCCUCUGCCUACCCUUCGCGCUCCGACGACAUGCGCGAGAUGACCAGCACAGCGGCCAAGGCUCUGCUUACCGAUCACAUACCCGAGGUACUCUGCAAUCUGGUGGGGGCCCAGGCGGCCAAGCGAGGCGUCCUCAAGGUCUUCGAGGCCCUCCAGAACCCCGCUUACAACAAGCAGCUCUUCUAUGAACUACUGGAGAUACUCAUGAUUGAGUUCUUCCCCGAAAUCCGACAGCUUCGGGUGAACAAUACCUCAAGCAAUGGCACCAAGUUGAACACAGCUACCGCUGGGGCUGCAGCUGCCUCGGCUGCAGCAGCUCUGGCAGCCGCCACGGCAGCCGCCACCCUGCCCCUGAACCAUGGCAGUGCCAGUGGCAGUGGCAGUGGUGGCGGACUGACCACCGCCUCUCAAAACCAUCACCAGCAAGUGUCAUCGUCAUCAUCGUUGUCGUUGUCCACGUCGUCUGCCUCGAGCAGCACAGGAGGUUCGCACUCAUAUCUGCAGUCCCAUUAUCACCACGGAUCCCAUCAUCAUCAGCCUCACCAGUCUCACCAGCAGCAGGGGCAUUCGGCACACUCAGGCAGCUCCAAGUAGACGGCAUGCUCGUAUUGUUUUUAUUAUUUUUAGUUUUGUUGUCGUUUUCAUAUUUAUGUUUUUACCAACUCAUUAGGUGCUAAGAUUUUCAUGAUAUUACUUGAAUGCUCGCUACUCUUUCUACUUGGUAAAAUAGAUGCAGGCGUGUAGCUGAAUGCGGAAUGAGGAAUGAGGUUGUAUCCCAGUAACUCCAUCAAUCAGAUCGGCAUUGCAACUUAUUACCAGCCCCCGAAUUCCAUUGAUUUUAAUUUGUUGUCUCAGUCUGUUGUUGAUUUUGGUUUGCUAGCGUUAUUCGUUGGUUAUGUGUAUAGUAUGUCUGUCUGUACAUAUGUACAUACAAUUUAUGUAGGUCAGUAUUAAGCGUUGUACCAAAUCGUUGUUUAUAGUUAAAUGAGGCACUCACCAUGAUCGAUUAUGCAUUGUUUUCCCGAGCCCCAGCUUGCACGCGUGUGCAACCCACGUGUGGAGUACAUUUUAGAACUAUAAGACAGUUGUCGGCUAGCAAAUUGAAAUAAUUUGUUUUGUAUUAACUGACCAACUACCAACUACUAUCUAAUAACUGAUUCAUCUGGCUUUAAAUCUAUUACUUAAUCCGUAGGGGCCGGUAUUCGAUAUCAAUGCUUACGAUAAUAGAUGCACACUGUCUUAUAGAUCCGACCAUGGUCGAACUGUAGUCAUUACCCACUAACCCACUUGAUCCGAACCCGUAGAUCGUGGGUAGAUCCCACUUCAUUCCCCCCCCUCCCAUGCUCUUUCAACGUAAAGACACGCGUGCGCGUACGUACGAGAAUGCGUACAUAUAUUUAUGUAUGUAUUGUAGUUGUACAAUUUUAUGUGGAAACGUGUAAUAAAACUCGGUAUUUAUUGAGA